GUGGUACAAAACCAAUAAAAAUUGGAUAUGAAGAAAAUCCAUAUUUCUUAAAAACGAGUGUUUUUAUCGUAGUAGAUGUGAUAGUUAAUUCAUUUUUGUCCUUCAAUUUAACCUAUAUUCUUUCGAUGAAUUAACACUUUUCAACUUAAUAGUUUCGAGCAGUGAUUCGCACAGCUUGUUGCUGUAGAUUUAUAAAAUGUCGGGCGACCACAAAACUCUGAUAAAAGGAAGUCCAUCGCAGUAUGUUAAACUAAACGUCGGCGGUACUCUUUUUUAUACCACCAUUGGAACAUUAACUAAAAGUGACACCAUGCUUAGAACAAUGUUCAGCGGCAGGAUGGAAGUUCUCACAGAUUCCGAAGGUUGGAUCCUGAUUGACCGGUGUGGUAAACAUUUUGGCACAAUUUUGAACUACCUCCGAGAUGGUACAGUUGCAUUGCCAGACAGCUAUCGUGAAGUAAUGGAGUUGCUGGCUGAAGCCAAAUAUUUUUUGAUUGAAGAACUUACAGAUUCUUGCCAACAAGCCCUUGCGAAAAAAGAACGAGAGGCAGAACCCAUAUGUAGGGUUCCUUUGAUUACUUCCCAUAAGGAAGAACAGUUGCUUAUUAUGUCCACUUCAAAGCCUGUGGUGAAACUGCUUAUAAAUAGACACAAUAAUAAAUAUUCUUACACCAGCACAUCUGAUGACAACUUACUUAAGAACAUUGAGCUCUUUGAUAAAUUAUCAUUAAGAUUCAGUGGCAGGGUUCUGUUCAUAAAAGAUGUCAUUGGUUCUAAUGAGAUAUGCUGCUGGUCAUUCUUUGGGCAUGGGAAAAAAUGUGCAGAGGUUUGUUGCACAUCUAUUGUAUAUGCAACUGAUAAGAAACACACAAAAGUUGAGUUUCCAGAAGCUAGAAUUUAUGAAGAAACAUUGGGAAUUUUAUUGUAUGAAAGCAGAAAUGGUCCUGAUCAAGAUCUAAUACAAGCAACAUCAUCUCGCGGUGCAGUAGGAGGGCUUUCUUGUACCAGUGAUGAAGAGGAAGAGCGCUCUGGCUUGGCUCGACUUCGAUCAAACAAGCAGAAUAACCAAUCUUAGCGGUUACAGUCAGGCUUGGCGCGCCUUCGGAGCUCUAAACGGACAAAUGUCUGAUACCAAGCUGGUUUCUUUAUGCCAUUCUGUUGGCUACCAUGCUUGGGUCUGUAGAAAUCAAUGAGCUGUGCCCAUGCCCUAAUCUAUAUGGGUUUCUCCUUCUGUGAGCUCUCUUUGGUAUGCUGGUAGGUCUUUUAAUGUGGAAUAAGAAAGCAUUUAUGAUUCAGAAGCUGGAGAAUUUAAGAGAUGGACUACUAUUCUGUGUAAACAUAUCCAUUUUGUGUUUAGUGGAUGUUUGUGACAAGGUAGUUAAUAGUGCAUCUAAUGACAGAUAUUACAAAAAUGUAAGGCAUGAUUUGACAAUCAGUAAUUUUUUUACUUCACAAAGAUUUCAUCUAUCUUGUAAUUAUGAAUUUAAGACUCGAACUGUAAAAUAG